AAAUGCAGCCUGCCUAGUGUAGUCCAUUUAUUUAAUCCGGCUCUGGCCUUAGCCGAUGACCCGAUACAGGCUGCCGAUUUUCUUUAGCCGAAAUUUGGAGCCGAUAGUGCUUUUGCUCAUUCAGUUUACAUCAUAAAAAUUACACAAUGAUAAAACCAAAUGUUACAACUCUUAAUUUAAAAAAGGAACAUUUAUUGAACUAUAUUUAACAAAUAGUAAAAACAGUUGAGGUAGAACAAGUAAGAAAAUUCAGUGCUGCUGAAAAUACUAAGCAUAUUAAAAUAAUUACACUAUUGCACACAGUAGCAGCAACCUAGCAGCAUAACAAGGGGAACACUUUACUUUUUCCUUGAAAGUAACCAACUAUUUACAACCUAUUUAAUGCUUAGGUCUAAGUUUUAGUGCACUUUACUUAAUCUCUUGUAGAGCAAAUGUCUUUCAUAAGAAGACAAGGAAAAUGUAAACAGCAGUACUGAUCAAAAAACAACUUAAAAAAAAAAAUUCUGAAUAACAUGCGCAUUGCCCCACUUCUGUACCUCACACACCCUAGGGCCCUAUAAUAAAUGCGAGGGAUGCACUGAGAGAGACAUGGAUGAGAGAGUGCAUUAGUGCUGCAACAACGCGUCAACGUCAUCGAUAGGCUAGUUGCACGAAGCCGCCAUUUUGGAUUUCCGGUCAGCGUCUGUGGGCGUGUUUACUUCCGGUCGUAAUAGCUCCGCCAGGACAGAGGUGAAGAGAUCAGACAUGAGCGUGUUUAAGGUAAAAAAUAGUAGAUUAAUCUAUCAGCGACAGGAAAAAAAAUCAAAGUUACACUGUUGUGUACCUCACUGCGCAAAUUCAUCUCGUUACAAUGCCGAGAUUAGUUUUCAUUCGUUCCCGAAAGACAUAGAAGUUCGUGCUCAGUGGUUAGUAAAAAUCCGCAGGGACCAUUUCAGUCCUACAAAUAACACAAGAGUGUGCAGUAUACAUUUUAAACGAGAAGAUUUUGUCUCAACGACCGGGAUACUUAGAAAACUAAAGAAAGGAACUGUCCCUUCUCUUUUUGCCUGGAACCAAUACACUGUACCAAACCCAAGAGAAAAUGUUUGGGAUCGUCGACCAAGAUGCCCCCCGCCUGAGACAUCUCCGUCAGACUCCGAGAUGAAUGAAAUACAAACGGCCCACGAUCACGACUACUCUGUAACUCUAGUAACAUCAGAGAUGGCAGGGGAACUUGCUGUGAGCUACGAGGAGCUACAAAUGAAAGUCGAUGAACUACAACACCAACUGGAAACGAUGCAGUUGCAGUGUCGCUUUGGUUUACAACGCAUCGCUGGAUCCGACGAGAAUAUUCGUUUUUACACAAGGUUUGCCUCAUACAAGCAUUUGAUGGCAUUUUGGGAACUGAUUGAGCCUGCUGCAAAAACCAAGAUGGUGCGAAUAACCAGGGCCAAGGUUGCCAACUUUGAGGAACUCACCCAAACAAGAACAACGAAACUUGCACCCAUAGAUGAGCUACUGCUGUUUCUGAUGCACCUCUCUGUGGGCCUGCUUCUCAGGGAUCUAGGCGAGCGGUUUGGUAUUCAUCGCACCACAGCUAGCAGAAUCAUUGUGACAUGGUCACACUUUCUGUACAUUCUGCUUGGCUCCAUCCGCUUGUGGAUACCAAAGGAAGAGGUCAAAGCUUUGUUACCACCAGAGUUUUCUGCAUUCCCCGACACUCAAGUGAUACUGGACUGCACUGAAUUAAACUGUCAAACACCUUCCUCUCUACUUCUUCAAAGUGAGGUGUUUUCUCAAUAUAAAUCGCACACUACACUGAAGGCCAUGAUUGGCAUUGCACCACAUGGUGCCAUUACCUUUGUUUCAGGGCUUUACGCAGGCUUCAUUAGCGACCGGGAAAUUUUUAAACUUUCUGGAAUAAUCAAAUGCCUUACCUCAGACACAGCUAUUAUGGUUGACAAGGGCUUUUUAGUAGAUGAUCUGGUCCCUUGCAAAGUGUACCGACCUGCCUUCCGGUCAAGAAAUUCUCAGAUGUCCAGGGAGGAUGUCCAGCAUACACAAUCCAUUGCCAGAUUGAGGGUACAUGUUGAGAGGUGUAUCCGGAGGGUGAAGGAGAACAAACUCUUUGACAAACCCAUACCAUUGUCAGUGUGCGGAAGCAUCGACCAGCUAUUUAGUGUAGCUUGCUUUCUGGUCAACUACCAGAAUGGACCACUGGUAAAGUCAUGGUCAGUUAAAUGCUAAAUGAAAAAGUAAUUUACAACCAUCUUUGCAUUUAGAAUAUCAAUAAAAUAUGAAGUGUUUACUGACAUUUAAACUGGCAAACUUUUAAAAAUUAUUACAGGAAUGUUCAGCCCUGCUUCUGGAGGACCACUGUCCUGCACAUUUCAGUUGCAAACCCAAUUAAGCCCAUCUGCAUUAAAUUGUAAAAUCACUAAAUCGUUUACUUGGUUAAGGUAUGUUUAAUGUUGGAGCUGAACCAUGUGGGGCAGUAGCUCUCUAGAAGCAGCACUGAACACCCUGGAAUUAAAAUAAAGACCACCUUUUAGUCACCCUGUGUAGUAGUCUGUAUAUAAAACACUGUGCACCUCAAAUGAGUUUUAACAGCUUCAAAAACUUUGUUACAAAGUUUAUUGUACAAAUGUUAUUAUUUUAAUAGUAUUUAUGUCACAUAAAAUAAUCUCAAUAUAAUAAAUGCAAACUAUGCAACAUUCACUGUACAUUGUUUACAUGUAAUAAUAAUAAAAAAAGUAAUCUCC